UCCUCCUCCUCGCCCGAGGGGGGCCAAAUCCAAUCGAGGAGAGGGGAGCGAGCGAUCUCUCCCUCUUCCGCCUGCCGCUCCGAUCGGUGGUGGAGCAGCCUCGUCGCCGCCUUCUCCUUCCUCAAAUCCUCGGCGUUUUUGAUUCUGGAAUUCUGGAGGAGGAGGAGGCUGCUGCUUCUUCUAGGAUUGGGGCCGUGGAUUCCGCGUGGUUCUUGCGGCCGACCUGAUUCCUGGUUCCUUGCCUCGCCGUCCUCGCCGGCCUCCACCGAUGCUGCGGGAUGGCGGGGACCUCCUGCCGCUCGGCGUCCCCGACGCCGCCGGCGACGUUGAGAGCGCGCUCGCCUGCGGCCGCACCAGCUUCUCCUACCGCCGCCUCCCCGAGCCGCGCCUCCGCCUCACCGUCCGCAAGCUCGACGAAUCCUACUUCGAUGUGCAAAUCGCGCGAUCCGCGGCGGUGUGGGAUCUCAAGGUGGCCAUCGAGGACAUAUUCGCCUCGCUCUACGAUGACAUGGACAAGGCCAUCUCUUGGCAGCACGUGUGGAGCCACUUCUGCUUAUGCUUCAAAGACGAGAAGCUGACGGAUGACAAAGCAGCAUUGCGUGCAUUUGGCAUAAGAGAUGGUGAUGAGCUUCAUUUUGCCCAGCAUCUUUCUGUUGAAUACAGACCCUGCAAAUCUCUUUCCCACAGAAGGUCAAGGACUUUGCUGGAUGGUUUCAGUGCAAGGUCAAGAAUUUUGUUGGAUGAUCUCGACGAAGAUGAUGAUGAUAACUUUAUUGACACAAGACAUUCGACUAGUGUUUUGGAGGAAGGACUUUAUGUUUAUCAGUACAACGAGGAGUGCAGGGAAGAAGGUCGCAAGAAGGGGGGCUUCUUUAGCGGUUGGUUCAACUAUUCCAGAUUGAGGGGCAACAGUAGGACACAUUCAGAAGAUUUCAUCCAAUCCUCCUGUGAGUAUCGGCCAUUGCUGGGGAAAUGGCUGUCUUCCAAGAAACCAAAGGCACAGAGCAAAUGAAGGCCAACCGUAUAAUCUAUCUCACACCUGUUGCUUUAUUCUUCUGUAAGGAAGAACAAAACUACAGCAUUUUUCUUGGUCUGAUGUUUAUGCCUCUUACUUACAACACGAUGAAAAGUAGUUUAUGCCUCUUACUUACAACACGAUGAAAAGUAUCCAUUGCAGAACUUAGAAUAGACCUGUUAACUUAGUCGAUCUCAAUGUAUACAUGUGUUCUGACUCUUGUGUGACAAGUCCUACUCUACGGUGCAAUGAGAUAAUUCUCCUCUCCAUAUACUCUUUUGUUGCAUGAG